GUUUUGUCGACUGGACGUUUCGCCGCAUUAUGUCAGAGAGAGAGAGAGCUUACUUACUUCUCAAAGAAUGAAAAAGUUCAGUCACUCCACCAAAGACUGACAGCUGAGUUUCCAUAACAACAGGGCACUACCUGUCGGCUACCUGUUAAAAGCAGAACUGCAUUCACUCACAGAUUUCAUGCCAUGUCCUGGCUGCAGACCGCAUGUGUCCUGAUGGUGUUAACACGAGUGGCCACACCACGUGGACACGCAGUAACAUUAUUGUUUUGGAAGCAUUAUUAUGUGCGAGACCUGGUCAUGGCAGUGACAUCAGCCCCAGUGACCAGUAGGCACUUCCAUCAGGUCCUCCGUGGACAACAGGCUAUUCAGUACACACGCGGAUGUUCUGUCGGUGGCGAAAUCCAUCUCUAAAUCUUGCUCCACGCCCUUUUGAUGGAACGUUCUCGACUAAACGAGGGUCUGUGUCUGACGCCGGUUUUCAUUUCGACGGAAGUGAAUGUCUGUGGGAGGGGGAAGAAGAAGGAGGUGGCGCCCUUCAUGCUGGUGAUGACGCCGAGUGUCUUGAUGUUAAUGGCGCGAGGUGGAGCGGCGACAUGACAGACAUCAGCCACCUCCACUCGCCCACUUUCACUGAUGAGUGUCUCACCCUGCAUUCAUUACAGGCGACCAUGACAGAGGACCUACACGCUACUCUCAAUAUGCAACUAGUUUUCGUAGGAGUCGUCACAGGGAAACACGAGGAGGACUUUGCUGGUCAGCUCACCGCCAUAUAGGGUCUGCUUGUCCGCGGAGAGCUGAUGGCAUGGUCAGGGCAACGGCAAUGGUCACAACAAAGUCUGCCCUUGUCCGACAACACACCGAUGUAGUGUGAAGGUGGCGGCCGUAGAUACCAGCCGGACAUACCAGGCUACAGACUUGCUGUUCACAUCAUCAGAAGUCUAAAAGCUUGCUGUUCACAGGAUCAGCUUACUAUACUUGGUGACUUUUUCCCAUUGCCUCUUGCAUCUCGGUUCAUAAGCUUGUCUCUGAAGGCCACAGCAGCCGACUAGGCGAUAUUUUUUGUGUGCACGAACUACUGGGUAUUCGGCUAUCCUUCGCCCCCCACCCUCGAAAUUUGAAAAGAGUAGAAUGGCUUGUGUGGCAGGAGAUGAUGCUAGGCAUGGACUUUGUGAAUGUUCUCACCUGACAGAACUGUCUCACCUGGUACAGGGCUGUUUAUGGACUUUGUGAAUGUUCUCACCCGACAGAACUGUCUCACCUGGUACAGGGCAUCAGACAUCACACACGUGUUUCGGUGACGUGCCACACAAUGGGAGGGUUCGGUUCUUCUGACCGUAUACUCAGGUGUGCACCACAACAUUCAUUCGCUAAUUCAGGAAGCGUGCGACAAAACGAGAAGGCAGUUAGAAGGAAAAAAAACAGGACAAACCGGCGAAACUAGAUGAAGAAAAGGGAGUGCCAACAUUCAAAUAGGUGUUGAUUCUUCACAGCAUCGCUGGUCUGCUCAGGAGACUUGUAGUGGUGGUCAGCUGACAGCCGGACGAUGGCGUGUGUCCAGUGCCUGGCCAUUCGCACGGCGGACCCGCGCUCUGUAUGCUGGGCAGGAGGGACGCUCGUUGGUGACGUCACACUUGUACUGUCCGACCCCACGCUUGUUCGAGGUAUCCGUUUGAGCUACAAGUGUGAGGCCUGGGUGGAUAUUUUUGAUGACCGAGAAGAGUGGGAAGACGAUUUGGAUGAUGGGAAGAGGCAAGGAGGGGGUUGCUUCCUGUGUGACGGUGUGGUCCCACCUCGCCACCGAACGGCCAUGGAGAAAUUCCUGGAGACGACCACUAUUCUGUGGGGCACAGAGCCCACCACCUCAUACGGGGAGGUAAUGCCUGCUGGCUGCCACUCCCUGGAGUUCGAGAUCACCAUACCAGACACCCUGCCUGGCUCUUUUGAGGGUCGUUACGGCUUUGUCCGCCACUGGCUGGACUGUGUGGUGGACAGGCCCGGUGCUGCAGAACUGAGGACGUCGCGGGCCCUCUCCGUCAUCUGCGACAGCGACCUCAACAGACAUCCGGCGGUCAUGAAAUCAGUCCGCCACCACGAGCAUGUCGUUCUUUGCUGCGGCUGCUUCCGACCUGACCAGUAUGACGUCAGCUGCCAGCUGCCCUACACAGGCUACGUGCCCGGGGAGACAAUCUUUCCAGACGUCAGGGUCCGCAACUUCACGCGGACUACGAUCCUGCUGACAGUCAGACUUGUGAUGGUGACCACGUAUAGGGCAAAGAACAGGGUCAAGGUUACGAAGAACGUGGUGGUCGAAGAGCAAAAGGACGUGCUCAGGACAGAGGUCACCAGGUGGGAGCCGGCCCUUCAGGUUCCAGCCCUGCCACCUACUGGCUUAGGAGGCUGCCAUGUUAUCGAUGUCCGAUAUUUUCUCCAGGUGGAUGUGUCGUCACGUGGCUGGGGGUGGCAAGGUGUGGCCUUUCAAGACGAGAUUAAAAUCGGAACAAUCCCCCUCCGUCAUGUGGCCAACGUGCGCCAUGCAGAAGUGCGCUUGCCCCUGCAGCUCAUGGCGUCCCACAAGGCCUUGCUUGUCGACCAGCCCGCUUUACGCAUGCUUGCGCAUGCUCCAGUCGGAAACGGAAGUUGCUUGUUAUCAGCAAAGGCUCCGUCUAGUGACGGCAAAGUCACCAGCGACGUUGAGUCCGGCUCACCACUGGCUCACGAGCCUCCACGUGACGUCAUGCUUGUAGAUCCGGGGAGUCGGACGAGGGCUACGUCCAUCAUUUCUACCUCUUCCCACUGGUCUUUCCAUCCCCACACCCCCAUGGGCGUUCCCCGUCUCCAUCCAGGCUUUCUGAAGAAGUUGGCAGGCAAGCGGAAUGGUAAACGUGGCUCCAAAGGCUUUGUACCGAAACUACCAACUAUCUACUCCGUGUGACGCCAGGCCUCGGGCUACACCACGUCCAUACAAGUCGCUUUUAUCUCAUGCUUUGAUGACAGUCCUUCGUUCUACAUUUUGAUGACAAGGCUUCACCUCACUUUAAAUAAACUCCUACGGGAAAA